CCCCCCUCCCCAUCCCAGCUCUCUGCCAGUCCUUUCCACUCCGGGGCCUGGACGGGCAAAUAGACACUUGAAAGUUGCCUGGAGGGAGAUCCCCAGCAGCCUCGGCAGCCCUGCAGCACCAACACCAGCACCAGCACCAGCACCAGCCGGGGGAGUGUGGAUUCUUUUUGCUCCGAGUCCCGGUGCGAGUGGAGGUCGUGGCUGUGUGAAUUUUGGGGACGAAGCCUUGUCUGCCUUGGCACGCUACCCCCCACCCACCUUCUCUGCAGCACCCCCAUCGAAGGACGACGAUGCAGACCUUUUUGAAGGGAAAAAGAGUUGGUUACUGGCUGAGUGAGAAGAAGAUCAAGAAGCUCAAUUUCCAGGCCUUUGCCGACCUGUGCAGGAAAAGGGGCAUAGAAGUUGUGCAGCUCAACCUUAGCAGACCAAUUGAGGAGCAGGGCCCUUUGGAUGUGAUCAUACACAAACUGACCGAUGUCAUCCUGGAAGCUGAUCAGAAUGACAGCCAAUCCUUGGAGUUGGUUCACAGAUUCCAGGAAUAUAUUGAUGCUCACCCUGAGACCAUCAUUCUGGAUCCCCUCCCUGCCAUUAGGACCCUUCUGGAUCGAUCCAAGUCUUAUGAACUUAUUCGAAAAAUUGAAGCCUACAUGAAAGAUGAACGGAUCUGUUCUCCACCCUUCAUGGAGCUCACAAGUUUGUGUGGAGAAGACACCAUGCAGCUUCUGGAGAAGAAUGGACUGGCCUUCCCAUUCAUUUGCAAAACCAGAGUGGCCCACGGCACCAACUCUCAUGAGAUGGCCAUCAUCUUCAACCAGGAAGGUCUCAGUGCCAUCAAGCCCCCUUGUGUGAUUCAGAGCUUCAUCAAUCACAAUGCUGUCCUGUACAAGGUGUUUGUGGUAGGCGAGUCCUACGCAGUGGUACAGAGACCAUCUUUGAAGAACUUUUCUGCGGGGAUGUCAGACAGAGAAUCAAUAUUCUUCAACAGCCACAACGUGUCAAAACCAGAGUCAUCUUCCGUCCUGACAGCACUGGACAAAAUAGAAGGCGUAUUUGAGAAGCCCUCAGAUGAGGUCAUCAGGGAGAUUUCCAAGGCCCUUCGGCAAGCACUUGGUGUAUCGCUGUUUGGGAUCGACAUCAUUAUUAACAACCAGACGGGACAGCAUGCAGUCAUUGAUGUCAACGCAUUCCCAGGCUAUGAGGGUGUGACUGAAUUCUUCACUGACCUCUUGAACCACAUAGCCGCCGUCCUACAAGGCCAGAACCUGGAAACGACCCCACUCAGCCACAGCAAGCUCCUGGCUGACCCAUCUGGUGGCUUAGCAGGGGAGCGGACACGGGGCACCAGUGCGGGGUGCUGCAGCAACGUGAUGGGCAAAGACUCCUCCUGGAUCGUGGAGAGUGAGACCAACACCUCGGUGAAGCUACAGCACCAGCGACUGGGGUGCAACCCUGCUGUGUCCCCCAGCUUCCAGCAGCACUGUGUGGCAACACUGGCCACCAAAGCGUCUUCCCAAUAGCUGGUGGCACUGUGGACCAGGGCACAAGCGAAGGGCCCAUCUAGAAUCACGAUGAUGAGGCAAGCAGCUUAGAAGAGUUCCACCUACUACGACAAAUUUCCAUUGAUUAUUUUUUUAACCUGAUUUCCUGAUGCAAUGAUUUAAAAGGAGGGGGGCAAAAACCACAGUGAUCAGAGCGGGAGAAAAUGGGAUGUUUCACCCACUUCCAUUUGCAAAUCUUUUAACAAGUUUACACACACUUGUGUUUUCAA